UGUAAAUAAACAUCGCUGUAUUUCCUACUUUUUAGAGGAGAAAGACCGCUGAGAUUAUCAGGAUGUUUCAUUUCAAGAGUGGGGAUGUACACACCUGAAGAAAUGAAUAAAUAUGAAUGUGUGCUAGUGCCAAUAUGUGACAUGCUGCAUUGGUGGCUCAUUGCAUACAAUAUUAGAGCAGGCAAACUCUAUGUGUUAUGCAGUAUGGGGUGGCAAAAAAGUGAAGUUGCAUCCAGUAUACGAAGAUAUUUUCAGCAUGUGAGGCAAGAGCAAAGAUGGCCAGAAGACAUUGCUCAAAUUUCCCAACCUAUAUAUGCCGACGUGAUGCAACAAGCAAAUGGUUAUGAUUGUGGCAUAUUCGUGACAGAAUUUGCGAGAAGAAUAACAGAGGGGGGAGAAGUUGGUCCUGGAUUACUUGUCGAUAUCCAUGUAAAUCGUAAAAGACCAUACCUUAAAAAACUGAUUCGAAGCUUUGCCAUUUAGCAAAGCAAUUUGUAAUGAAGCAGAAUUUAAGUUUAAAGCUAGUGCAUAUGAAUAACAUUCUUAUAUUUAUAACAAGUGAUGUAAAUUAUUUUUUUACAAUUAACGACGUUACAUAUAAUUGUUACUUUUGCAGAAACUAUAUGGGUAACUAUGAAGUAAUAUUUUGUACAGAUAAAACUAUUCAUAAAAACAAGUUUAAAUUUUUCGAAAAACGAAACUAUAACGCGUUACUAAUGAAUAACGCGACUAAGAGUGAGAAAAUAGUCUUUGUAGGCUAUUUCUCUCUCAGGAUUGUACUUAACAAUGCGUAACAUGUUCCUGUGCCAAAUAUGGAGUUUUGUGAAAAGAAAAAAGUUAUCGUAUUCCAUGUAAGAAACCAUGGAGGCAAGAGGCUUAA